UAUUAUAAAUUUAUAAUCUUUGUUUUUUUUGUAAUUUUUCGAGCAAAAUUCGCCCCGAAAAUGAGUUCUCCUUUGCUAUUGAAUGAAAAGGAGCAAGCCAAAGAACAAUUCAAUGAGAAAUGGCCGGCAAUGAAGCCCAUAGUUAUAAAAAUUUUGAAACAAAAAGGUGUUACAAAGUCUGAAUGGCAAGACCUCUUCUGGGAUGUCCAUAAAGUUUCACAAUGGGACGAGAAAGGUGUGAUGAAGAUCUUUGAGGCUCUCAAGUCAGUUGUAUCAGAAUAUAAUCAAUGUGUUCAGAGGAUUGUUAUGAAAGAAGAUGAUGACUCAGUUUUGCUGAAAACAUAUAUUCAAGAAUGGACAAAAUUCUUUGCUCAAUGUCAAUAUAUUGCUCAGCCUUUCAAAUCCCUUGAGACUCACAAUGCUAAAAAUAACAGUGGCAAGAAAAAUAACAAAACUGGAGUUUCUGAGUCAAGCUCAAUUAAAAAGCUGAUGCUGGACACAUGGAAUGAAAUUAUAUUUUCAAACAUAAAUAGAAAACUUCAAGCAAGUGCUAUGAAGCUUGUUCAGAAACGUGCUGGGGAAUCAUUUGAUUCUCAAUUGGUUAUUGGUGUAAGGGAAUCCUAUGUGAAUCUCUGCUGCAGUGAAGAUGAUAAAUUACGAAUCUACAGUAAAAAUUUUGAGAAGGCUUAUCUUGAUGCGACCAGGCAGUUUUAUUCAAAUGUUGCUUCAAUGUACUUGGAAGAAAAUGGAGUUGAACAAUACAUGAAUUAUGCUCAUAGUAAACUACAUGAGGAAGAACAUCGUGCACAAAGAUAUCUGGAAACGUCACAAGGAUGUAACUCUUGUGAACUUUUAAGUCAAGUUUGUGUCAAUGUUCUUGUGAGUGAUGUUAAAGAUUGUAUAUUGGAAGAAUGUCCUGGGUUUAUUGCAGGAAACUGCACUGAAAAAUUGUUAAAGAUGUUUCAUCUGAUGGACAGGGUCUCUGAUGGCGUUCAACCAAUGAUCAGUCACCUUGAAAAUCAUGUGAUAACUACUGGUUUAGCUGAUAUGAUUGGUGCAGCAGCAACAAUAUCUACGGACUCAGAGAAAUACGUAGACAGACUCCUGAUGUUAUUUAAUCGAUUCAGUUCUUUGGUGAAAGAAGCUUUCAAUGAUGAUCCAAGAUUUUUAACAGCGAGGGAUAAAUCUUUCAAGAGAGUCGUCAAUGAUACCACAAUAUUCAAUAUAGAAUUACCAACGAAUAUUAAAUCAAGUUCAAGUAAGACUGUGCCAGAGUCAAAAUGUCCGGAGUUGCUGGCAAACUUCUGCGAUAUGUUGUUGAGGAAAAGUCCCUUCAGUAAGAAAUUGACAUCUGAUGAAAUUGAAGCAAAAUUAAAAGAUGUUCUGUUGGUCUUGAAAUAUGUUGAUAAUAAGGAUGUUUUUAUGAGGUACCACAAAGCUCAUCUGACAAGAAGAUUAAUAUUAGAUUGCUCAACAGACAGUGAUUUGGAAGAAAAUAUGGUCGAAUGGUUGAGAGAUGUUGGUAUGCCAGCAGAUUAUAUUAAUAAACUAGCAAGGAUGUUUCAAGAUAUAAAAGUCAGUGAAGAUCUCAACCAGGCGUUUAAAGAUGUUUACAGGAAUCGUUCACCCAUGGCAGAUUCUAUAGCCAUUAAGAUAUUGAAUGCUGGUGCUUGGGCGCGAAGUUCUGAAAGGGUAGCCGUAUCUUUGCCGACAGAACUCGAAGAUUUUAUUCCCGAGGUUGAAGAAUUUUAUCGUCGAAGUCACAGCGGCCGGAAACUUCAAUGGAUUCAUCUGAUGUCCAACGGCGUGAUAACUUUCGCAACGGAACAGGGGAAAUACGAUAUAGAAGUCACAACGUUUCAAAUGGCCGUCCUUUUUGCUUGGAACGAGAGACGAACAGAUAAACUCUCGUUUCAUGACUUAAGACUAGCGACGGAACUGCCCGAAUCAGAGCUUCGUCGAACAUUAUGGUCGCUUAUCGCCUUUCCUAAAUUAAAACGCCAAAUUCUGAUAUGUGAUCCUGCUGUAAAUUCUCCGAAAGAACUAAAAGAACAAUCGACAUUUUGUGUCAAUCACAACUUUGCUCUAAUUAAAAAAAAUGGAAAAGUACAAAAGCGUGGAAAAAUAAAUUUCAUUGGAAGGCUUCAGCUAUCAACAGAUAAACAUCGCGAGGAAGAUAAUGAAGCCAUCAUUGCUUUGAGAAUACUUCGGACACAGGAGGGAAUUGUACGAAUUAUGAAAAUGCGAAAAACACUAUCAAACGCUCAACUUCAGACUGAACUUGUAGAAAUUCUAAAAAACAUGUUUAUACCACAAAAGAAAUUAAUCAAAGAACAAAUAGAAUGGCUUAUUGAACACAAAUACAUCAAAAGAGACGAAAAUAAUAUUAAUCAAUUUAUUUAUUUAGCAUAAAAAUAUGUACAAAAGAAAUUGUUUUUUAAAUUAAUAAUCAUAGUUUUGUUAAUUUUCACUGUCUUUCUUCAUAGUCGGAUAUUUAAAUAGGAAUAAUACCAGGUGAGUAACC